UUGACUCUGGAGUGGCUGUGUGCAAACGGGCCACGCCUCUGCGACUCCAGCUGUCAGAGCCACCAGCUCGGGGGGUCGUGAGAACUUUGGGGAUUGCCUCCACGCAUACACCCCCUAACCGCGUCACGUGCAGCGGGGCUCCGCGAAGGAGCCACCUUUCUCCGUCCCCAUCCCCAUCCAAGCGCCCCUAGCUGUGACAGCGCCUCCUGACUCCAGAGUGAGCGCUCAGGCUCCAGCAGCAGGUGUCUGGGGCGGGCGUCCCGCUCUCUGCAGACACUCAGGUUGUCGUCUCGCCCCCGCCCCUGCUCGGAGCCCGCGGUCCCUCGCCGCUGGAAACCGUGCCUCUUCGCAGCAUGGCCACCAGGCUCAGCCUCGACGACCCCCUGCUGCCCAUCACGCUGUCCGCACAGCAAAACACGCUCCUGCUGCUCCUCUCGGUGCUGGCCGCCGUGCACGUGGGCCAGUGGCUGCUGAGGCAGCGGCGGCCGCAGCCCGGGCCCGCGCCCCCGGGCCCCUUUGCGUGGCCGCUGAUCGGAAACGCCGCGGCGAUGGGCCCCGCGCCGCACCUCGCGUUCCAGCGCCUGGCGCGGCGCUACGGCGACGUCUUCCAGAUCCGCCUGGGCGGCUGCCCGGUGGUGGUGCUGAACGGCGAGCGCGCCAUUCGCCAGGCCCUGGUGCAGCAGGCCACCGCCUUCGCUGACCGGCCGCCCUUCGCCUCCUUCCGCGUGGUGUCGGCCGGCCGCAGCCUGGCGUUCGGCCAGUACUCGGAGCGCUGGAAGGCGCAGCGGCGCGCGGCGCAGGGCACCAUGCGCGCCUUCUCCCCGCUCCAGCCGCGCAGCCGCCGCGUCCUCGAGGGCCACGUGCUGGGCGAGGCGCGCGAGCUGGUGCAGCUGCUGGUGCGCGGCAGCGCGGGCGGCGCCUUCCUCGACCCGCGGCCGCUGACCUUGGUGGCCGUGGCCAACGUCAUGAGCGCCGCGUGCUUCGGCUGCCGCUACAGCCACGGGGACGCCGAGUUCCGCGAGCUGCUCAGCCACAACGAGGAGUUCGGGCGCACGGUGGGCGCGGGCAGCCUGGUGGACGUGCUGCCCUGGCUGCUGCGCUUCCCCAACCCGUUGCGCACAACCUUCCGAGAGUUCCAGCAGCUCAACCGCAACUUCAGCAACUUCGUCCUCGACAAGUUCCUGAGGCACCGCGAAAGCUUCCGUCCCGGGGCCGCCCCCCGCGACCUGAUGGACGCCUGCAUCCUCUCGGUGGGGAAGGAGGCGGCCGUGGGCUCGGGCGACAGCGCCGCGCGGCUGGACGAGGACUACGUGCCGUCGACUGUCACCGACAUCUUUGGCGCCAGCCAGGACACGCUCUCCACCGCGCUGCAGUGGCUGUUCCUCCUUUUCACCAGGUACCCUGAAGCGCAGGCUCGGGUGCAGGCCGAACUGGACCAAGUCGUGGGUCGAGAGCGUCUGCCCUGCCUGGAUGAUCAGCCCAAACUGCCCUACAUCAUGGCCUUUCUUUACGAAGCCAUGCGCUUCUCCAGCUUCGUGCCCAUCACCAUUCCCCACGCCACCACUGCCAGCACCUCUGUCCUGGGCUACCACAUUCCCAAGGACACGGUGGUGUUUGUUAACCAGUGGUCCGUGAAUCAUGACCCCGCGAAGUGGCCUGCCCCGGAGGACUUCGAUCCCACCCGGUUCUUGGACCAGGACGGCUUCCUCAACAAGGACCUGGCCAGCAGCGUGAUGAUUUUUUCCAUGGGCAAACGGCGCUGCAUCGGGGAAGAGAUUUCCAAGACACUGCUGUUUCUCCUGGUUUCCGUCCUGGCUCACCAGUGCAAGUUCAAGGCCGAUCCCGAGGAGCCCGCAAAAAUGGACUUCACUUACGGCCUGUCCGUUAAACCCAAGUCAUUUAAGAUCAAUGUCACCCUCAGAGAGUCCAUGGAGCUCCUCGACAGGGCCGUCCAAACGUUGCAAGCUGAGGAAGACUGCCAGUGAGAAGCCAGAAGCAAGCUGGAAUUUUAGAAGGACUCCAGUUUUGGGGGAUGGGGAGUAACAUUUUCUCAGUUCGCCUCCCAAGUGAGCCCAGAUCAGCACCGGGCUGUGCAGGAGCUCUGGGAAGACUUCUUUUCCAUUCAGGAGUGAAGGGGCCCAAAGAAGUUUUAUACACACAUGGAAUGCUGGGAGUACUUCCUCCAGAGAGCAUGCUUUGGAGAUCAAACACAUUUGGGCCCACAUGCAGAACUACCUGGUGAAGAGGUACUUCCGAUACCAUGCUUUCGUGGGUGGGAUCCCAGGUGGACGUUCUGUGGGCUGAACAGCAGUAGAAAAACCGUAUGAAGCCAAGUUUCAGAAUAUAUUGUUGAAUAUGCAAAGGCAGAUAAUUUCAGUGUAAGACAUGUGACUCAGGGUGAGAGGGAAAAGAUUCAGACCGAAAGUUCCUUGUCAAUACAGUAGCUUACUUAGGCUCUGGUAUCUGUGGUUGGAUUUAUCUUUUGGCCUACCGAUGUGCUUUCUCAUACCUUUAUGGAUGGUUCAUAAAGUCGUUUGCUGAAAAGGAAAUUAAUAGUAGUUGCUUUAAUGAUUAUAGUGGGUUUCAGUGAUUUAUCAUUCAUUAUAAAAUGUAAGUUGUUAAACUGUAAAACAUUCUAAACUGUGUUGAUUGCCAAAGUACAGAAUUUCAAUUGUAAGCAACAUCCCCCCCCCCAAAAAAAAACAAGACUUAACAGCCCAGCUAAGCUUUAAAUUAUGUAAUUGCAAUGCACUGAGUUCAAUAAUUAGCAUAGCUUUUUAAAAAAUCACCCAAUAGUACUCAGUAUGUAUACACAUAUAAUUAUUCAUAGGUAAUAUGUAUUAGUUAUUUUAUUAUUAAAUUCUUAGUAUUAAUUAUUUUGGUCAAGAAAAGGUUGUACAACAUAUAUCUUUUAUAUUGUCAUAGAAAAUUGAAAAGUGUAACCAAUUCAACUAAUUCUGUCUCACAUACAUGAAAUGAGUUAGAUUAAGUCAACUACCUAUUUUUGACAUGGAAACCAAGUUGAAGCAAAGUCUUGCCUUUCAUCCAAAACUCGAAUGACAACUGAAAAAUCUCAAAAUUGGGUCUGCAAGAUGUCUCUUCCUUAUUACUUUACAAUAUAUUUAUUAAAAUUCUAUUCAUAAUACAGAAUCUCUUUUAAAAAUUGAUCAAAUAUGUUAUAAUUCCAAACUCUUGGCAUGCUUAAAAUUUAAUUUAAUUUUAAAGACAUUCUAAUUAUUGAGUACAAGUUGAAGUUACUGGAAAUCUGACCAUUAGCCUUUGGAACGCAGAGAAAUUUCACCUGUGUUUCCUGAUGAAUAGCGAACAAUCCAACAAAUUACCUGAACGUUACCUUUAUUAAGAAAGAAGAGGGAAAAUUAUAACAGACCUAUUUUUCCUUUUAAAUAAUUUUUAAAAAUAGCGUUAAUGUCAGUGCUUUGGAAAGUCAGAAUCCGAAGGUAGUCUCGGGGUGGCUGUUUUGAGGGCUGCAUUGUGUAUCACUGAAGCUGAUCAGAUAAAUUGUGUUGUCUAAGAUGGGCAACCCGGGGAGCCGUCCCUCUGGUAACUGAAAACAUAAAGCUGGAACUAAAUGUGUACAUUCAGUUUAUGCAAAUAAUCUGAAAACCUUAAAAAAAGUGAUGGAAGAUUGUAAGAGUGCAAAAUGAAGUCUGAAGGUUUAACUUUCAUCAGAAUUAUAAAGGAAGGAGUGUAUCCUGUUGUGUGUAUAGGGGUGGAAAGAGUCAAGCAUGAAAAACUGAAAAGGAAGAAAGAUGGUUAAACAUUUCCCCACUCAUUCCAAUUUAAUUAAUUUGAAAUAGGAAUAUUUAGAAAAAAAGAUGUUUUUCGUGUGCCUGUAUUAAAUCCCAAGUAGACUUUUAAAAAUCUGCAACAUAUUAGAUCUAUUUUGUAACUCAAAAUUCUUUUUAAUCCUCACCUGAGGAUUUGUUUUUAUUGAUUUUUCUUUAGUGAGAAGGGAAGGGAGAGAGAGAGCGAGAAAGAGAGAAACAUCAGUAUGAGAGAGAAACAUCGAUCGGUUGCCUCCCGUAUGCACCCUGACCAGGACUGAACCCACAACCGGGAAUUGAACUCACAACCUUUUGGUGUACAGGACGACGCUCCAACCAACGGAGCCACCCGGCCAGAGCUGUAAUUUGAAAUUUUUUAUUAGUAGAAAUUUCACAUAAUUUUAAUUAUAAAAUCUCAUAGCCGUUUAUCUCGAAUAUGAAAAACUGUUUGUGCCAGUAUUUUUAAGGGCUCUAAAGUCAACUAUAGAAAUGAGGCCUACCAAUACAUUUAAAAAUUUUUGGUACUGGCAAUUCCAAAAUAUUAUUACCUUCUUCCCUCCCCCCUCCCUCCAGCAGGGCUGAGAAAGUGACUUUGGGCUGCCUUACCCUACUUAUUCUGGGAGGUGUGUGGCAGCACAGUAAUCACGUACUAAUCUGGAUGCCUCAUUAAGUAAACCAGAUCCAGAUGUGCUAUAAUCUGUUUUUAAUGCAGUUUUUAUGUACGUGGGCUCAGUUAAUGUGCUUUCAGCAGUGGGAAAGCUGUGCUUAUAUGGAAGAAAGUAAGGUGGAUGCUUAGAGGUUAGCUGGUUUAUUUAAUAUGUUUCUAACCUAGUUAAAGGAAGGAAAGCAAACCCCAAAACAAAGAAAAAUAAUCAAAUUUGGGGGCUACAGUAAUCAUGUUACUGGCUAAUCAGAAAACCUCGUUUUAUUUCUGCCAGAGAAAAAAAUGCACUUGCUGGUCACCAUUAUAGUCAGAACGUCUACUCCAGGUAAUUGCAAUAAAGUAUAUAUUAAAGCUUUGACUUUAUAAGAAAAUUGCUUGUUUUCCAAAAUAAAAAGAAAGUGUCUCAGGUUUGUUUUGUGAGUUAUCUAAAAGCCUUCAUGUCUCAGAACUUAGCCUUUACCUGUGAAAUAUUAUUAUAGCCUUAAUAUUUUCAUAUUACAUCUAUAUUAGAUCAGAUAAUUGCAUAGCAUUAUAUAUUCAUUCGUGUGUUUUUAGCUAUGAAACAAAUGUGUAAUAAAAAGCUAUACUUUAUUAGAUGUUUAUAACUCAAGGAUAACUUCUUAUUUAACCUUUUAUUAUUUUUGUAUUUUAUCAUGUAUGCUUUUAAUCUGUACAUAGUGACUAUAAUGCAUAGUUGUACUUGAAAUAUAUUUUAGGGACACAGCAUUAAUAUGUAGAUUUUACUGUUUGAUAUACCAAAUUAAAAAUUCUGUAUCUGUAAUUACCUAUAAUAGGACACCAUUGCCGAAAUAAUAAAAAUCACUUUCAUAA